AUGUGGAAUGGGUUGGGAGGUAACUCAAGACGGGAAGGAGGGGGAAGAGAGGACAAUCAAGACGGGAAGGAGGGGAAGAGAGGACAAACAAGACGGGAAGGAGGAGAAGAGAGGACAAUCAAGACGGGAAGGAGGGAGAAGAGAGGACAAACAAGACGGGAAGGAGGGGAAGAGAGGACAAAUCAAGACGGGAAGGAGGAGAAGAGAGGACAAUCAAGACGGGAAGGAGGAGAAGAGAGGACAAACAAGACGGGAAGGAGGGGAAGAGAGGACAAACAAGACGGGAAGGAGGGGAAGAGAGGACAAACAAGACGGGAAGGAGGAGAAGAGAGGACAAUCAAGACGGGAAGGAGGGGAAGAGAGGACAAACAAGACGGGAAGGAGGGGAAGAGAGGACAAACAAGACGGGAAGGAGGAGAAGAGAGGACAAUCAAGACGGGAAGGAGGAGAAGAGAGGACAAACAAGACAGGAAGGAGGAGAAGAGAGGACAAUCAAGACGGGAAGGAGGGGAAGAGAGGACAAACAAGACGGGAAGGAGGAGAAGAGAGGACAAUCAAGACGGGAAGGAGGGGAAGAGAGGAGCACAAUGA